AUGACUCAAAUAGGUAUUCAACCUAAUGUCUCCACAUGUAAUACUCUUAUACAUGGGCUUUGUGCAACUGGUCAAGUGGGUCGUGCUCUUCAGAUUAAAAAGAAGAUGGGGAAAUGGAACUGCAGACCUGAUGAUGUUUCAUAUUCUGUCAUCAUAGAUACACUUUGCAGAGAAGGUCUAGUUGAUGAAGCUCUGGUUCUCUUCUCCCAAAUGCUUAGAGAUUUGAAUGUUAUACCCAAUGUAGUUGUUUACACUUCUUUGAUCAACGGACUUUGCAAUCUAGGACGGUUGGAUGAGGCAAAGAGAUUCUUUGACGAGAAGGUUAGUAGAGGAAUGUAUGGGACUGUAAGGACGUAUACUUGUAUGAUUCAUGGUCAUUGCCUACAUGGUCAAUUGAAAGAAGCAAGAAGAUAUUUUGAUGAAAUGAUGGAUCGAGGGAUUUUACCUAAUACAAUAACCUUUAGUAUAUUAAUAGAUUCACAUUGCAAACAUGGGAUGAUGGAAGAUGCUUGGAGGUUAUUUAAACUAAUGGUCCAGAUAAGCAUGAAACCCAAUUAG